CGUUUCUAUUACUCGCCACCAAAUCCACUCCAUUCUGGCACUCCGCCGUCACUCACAUCCCCGACUCAUGUCUCAGGUGAUGUUUGGUCAACACACACACACAAAAGGUGCCCGUCUAGCCCGCCUUACGUGUUAACAGCAACAAAUCCAUAACUGGCAACUCAUACCGGCAGACCUGGAGCCCAACUAGUCUGGGACCCCAAUUCUCCACGAGUGCCAAGUUAGAGAGAGAGAGAGAGAGAGAGAGAGAGAGAGAGAGAGAGAGAGAGAGAGAGAGCUGUUGCAAAGGCCAUUCUCCUAAUUUACAACUGAACUGAACUUACACCAAGUCAACGUAUUAAACAGUCAGGUGAUGAGAUAUCAAGUGUGUGGUGCGCCAAAGGACUCUAAAGGAACUCAUGGAUGGGACGCCUCGGGGCCCUCUGGAAGUCCUACAAGUACCGCUUCGUGCCCUGGCUCACUUUUAACCUCAAACACAGGACAGUGCGUGCAGUGAAGGAGGGAGGCAAUGAGGGUGAUAAGGUGGUGGGGGAGGAGGAGGUGGUGGAGCAGCUCUUCAAACUCCUCACCGGCCUGCAGCAAGUGUGCCCGCCCCUGCCCCCACACCCACCCCCUCACAUGAUCCAAGGCUACAGCCACCGUGCCCUCCUGGUGAUGGAGUCACUGUUUGGUUACUCAGUGCAUGUGGUUCCAAGUGAUGUAGCGGGGCUCGGCAGUGGUGUGGUGCUGAAGGGACAGAAUGGUGCCAGUCGGGGGCAGCUAGUGGCCCUGUAUCCUGGUGGCCUUUAUCUCCCACAGCAGCCAGUACUCCUGCCCAGCCUGGCUAAUCCCUUCAUCCUGCGCUGCGCUGAUGGAGUGCUUGUGGAUGGAUGUCGCAGGGGCCUUUCUGGUGCCAUAUUCAGGUCCUGCUGUGGCAGAGACCGAAUGGGGCUUGAGGAAGCUGCAGACUUGACUUGGCUCACUGACUGGCCCAUCAACCCCCUUAAUGUGGGACAGUAUAUUAACAACCAGGCUCCAGAUCGUCCCAGCAAUGUGGCAUAUCAGGAAGUGACACUGCAGCCUGGGGAUGUCCCAUGGGGCAUGCGGCGCUUCCUUCCUUACCUGUGGUGUUCAUUGCCCCCUGAUACUCCCCAGGCUGAGCUGCCCUUGCGCCUUGUGGCUCUUAUUGCCACCACAGACAUUGCCGUGGGACAAGAACUAUAUUCUCACUACUUCACUCUCAUUCACUCCAAGCCUUCUUAGCAUGAGGUACAGUCAUGUCUUGUUACUGUAGCUUGACUGGCUGUGCACAUGUGGUAGCUUGGUAUGAUGAAGUGACUGGCUUAGGGCUGUGUGAUGUUUCUCUGGGGAUUUGUAGCUGGUGCUUGUGAUAGUCAUGAGCACUUUGUGACAACAGUUACAAAUGUAUUGUAUAAAUUUCUAUUUUAAUGAGUUUUCUAUUUAUUUUGCAUUGCAAAUAUUUUUUUUGCAUUCAUACUCUAAGUAAUUUCUGUCAAAUAUUCUUCAUUUGCCAACCAAUUGUGGUUAUUACAUUUAUGUAUGGUAUGUAACUUGCUCUUGCAUUUAUGGCCUUGAAUCCUGAAAAUUUUUCAUCAUUGUCACAGUCACAGAAUUCAUAUAUACUGUGUAUUUUCAUUUAACUCUUCUAUCUAAAUUUCCUUGAUUAUUUGUCUUCCAAAGUGGAAUACAUCUUGAUUUAUGCUCCUCUUGCAAUGACCUUCAUACCUACGGAUUUCAUAGUUCACCAUCAGCUUUGGCCACCAUUUUUCUUUACAGACCAACCUGGUGAACAAGCCUUCAACUUUACUAUUCUUCAUGACCUUGGGCAAUUGGUGCAGCACCCUACUUUUUCCUCUAUUCAUCUGCUGAAACUCAUGCCACAUAUAUUUAUGUACAUAAUCAUGCCAAAUCAGUUGUACAAUAGCAGAAACUUCAUUAAAAGGGAAAUGUCAGAAG